AUGACAAUAAGAUUAAAGGAAUUUGCAUUGGAAUUGGUGACUGAUGGUGGUCACGGCCUCUUCGCCCCUGCGGCGUUUAUCCAUCGCCAUCCACGACCAAUGUUGAACUUUAUUUCUCUCCCAUUUACGAUCCCAACGUUUUCUCUGCCGUCUCUGGCGCUCCCGGCCUCUAUCCAGACGCGCUUCAUCGCGUUUGUGCUCCAGAAAUCGCUCGGGCACCUCGUCAAACCUGGGCAACUUGAUAGUAAUAAGAUUACUGCGCAACUAGGCAGUGGACACGUCGAGAUUAACGACGUCGAGCUCGAUGAACGCGCACUUAAUGAAUCGCUCGAUGGACUACCUGUGCGCGUGCGGAAUGGCGUACUAGGCUCGGUGGCGGUCAACUUUCCCUUUCAGAAUCUGCUCACGGCGCCUCUGAGUCUGUCCGUGGAUCGUCUAGACCUCACACUCGUCUUGCACAAGUCUCAACACUUGAAUACAGAAGAGACAAAGGCUGGAGAGGUCGGUGAAGAUGCGGUGGAUGGAUUGGCGCAGUCUGUCGUCAGUGUUGCGCAAGAGUUUAUCAACGAAGAGUUGGAUGGUGCGUCGUUGAGGGAUUCAGUCACACUCGAGACUGGAGUACGACUCCCACCGCCGCCGCCUCAGGAGCUACAGCAGCAGGAGCUGGACGACGAGGAUGAUAUGGCGACGCAUGUCCCUGGUUCGUUGGAUCCGUUUGGCGAGGACCCGUUGGACAUGCACGUGCGUACGGCGAUUCGGAGAGAGGGCAGUGGGAUUGAAGACGUCGAGGGUGUGUCGAUGCUAGCGCAAAUGGUCGAACGUGUCCUUGCACGGUUGUCGUUUACGGCGUCGAAUAUUGUGGUCAGAGUGAUACAUGAGCACAAGACGGAGCUCGUGUUGAAGGUUGGCAAGAUUGUGUAUGGUACAGAGGAGAAGGGUGCGAGUACGGACGGUGUGUACGCUGGAGAGAAGAGGACGGUCACUAUACAAGGUUUAGAGGCUCUUACUCGACCUCUUGUGCAAGAUGCGGCUCAAUCUCUCACCGGCAGUCCGGAUACUUCCAAGUUUGUCCAGUCUGGCUCUACCCAAAUCAUCGCCCCUCCAUCCCCACCAAAGCCCGUAGACCUAGAACCACAAGAAGAGGAGGACGAAGGGAGCGACGAGAUGGAUGCGUCCAUGACCCAGAGUAUGGUCUCCUUACCGCCGCCUCCUGGUGCAGCCUCGACGACGCUCGAUUCAGACGACGACGAUGACCCCUCGAGUACCAUGUUUUUCAGUGCCGCCAAUUCUGUGCGCGCACAUACACCCCCACCGCUUCAAGAAAGGGACACACCACUCACGCCUCCAGAAUCGUCUCCUACGACUCCUGUUAAACCUGCCACAUUCUCGACCCCUGUUCAACAACAUCCUGUAUCAGCAUCUGUAUCAUCCACUUUGCCACCUCUAACGCGUAUUCUAUCGUUUGGCGACGACCCGAUCGUCCUCUCGCUAAUCACGCCUCCACCACGAGCCACUUCAUCGAAUGAAGAGGCAUCUUCUGCUCAGACUCCAAAGGAAACGUUGCAGCUCCAGGUCAAGGUCGGCGUUGCUACGAUUGGACUACAAACGACGCAUAUCAACUCGCUGCUGUCGAUAGCAGACGAGUUCAAACCUGCAGGCGCCAAGCGUGCGCCUCCUCGACCACCAAAGAGUCAAACCACUUCACCUCCCUUCCUCUCCAACCUUCAUGCAUCCCUUUCCGUGAGGGGUAUUCACGUCUACUUGUUUGAACUGAUACACGACAAUGCCGAUGUCAUAUUUGAGCGAGUGUUUGGGUCCACUUUGUCGAAUAUCGAAGCACCCCAUUUGCGGCUUCAGUUGGAUGGCAUCUCUGCUAAUCUAACACCAGGACCCACAAGCCCAUCCGUCGUCGGUGGUCUUAAAGACCUUUCGGCCUUUUUUAUCCAUUGCGUCCCAAAGUCUUCUAGCGACGCUGAACCAUCCGAGUUUUGGAUGGCUUCGCCAAUGCUCAUUGUAGACCACCAUACGACGGCGCAGUACGACGCUUCUGCGGUGGAGAUUAAAGAGCCCGGACACUCGUAUAUGGUUCCCGUUCAGGAUUGGACAAACCCUGCGUCGCAUAUCUCUGCAGCGGGUCGCCCCAAGAUUUCGCUAUGGCGAGCGCGUCUCCCCGCUACAAGACAGCCUCGUGCACCUGCGAAUUUGCCAGAAGCUGAAGCGCUCGAGGCGGCAAUCGUCCAGGUCGAUCUUGAUUCUGGAUCUACGAGUGUAGAGGUUGCACCGCUCCAUCUGUUUUUGGAUACGGUUCUGCUUAGCUGGUUACUUGGCUAUAUCAAAUAUUUGGACUUGCCGGAGAGUUCAAACGGUCCCGCGAGCGUCGAGGUGCGGACGACUAAAUCGACUGCUGGACAAGGAUGGAAGCAGGCGACGACUCAGCGAGCUUCCAGAGAUGCUCCAUCGCCUGCUACAACACCUAAAGCUCGAUUGGUAGAGUUGCCGUCGCCGGAUGUCCCAAGUAGGCACCGAGUUCAGGAUAUGGUUAUUGCAGAAUUUUCCAGUGCUGCGGAGGAGGUUAAAGAUGACAAUACCCACGUUCGGUGUACUUUAAUUCGAGUCGAGUUGCGAACUGCGUCCACCGAGCCGGAUCGGUAUACGAAACGAAAGUUGCUUCGUCAGCGAUCUGGAGUUGUCGUAGUCGACAUUCACGAGCCGCAUCUCACCCUUUACAAGGCAUCUGUGGAGAAGCCGACAAGAGGCCAGAAAGGACGUGCGCGGUUUGAUUCUGACAAGGAGGAGAAGGAGGUUUUACCUGUCAAGUUGUCCGUUGGGUGGAGAGAGUUGCUGGCGUUUUAUGCUGCGCCUAGUGCGCCAAAAGCGGUGGCCUUUUUAUGUGUGGGAUGUGCGACGACGCAGUCGCUGCAGGAUGCCACAUCAUCGUCAGGUCUAUACUCCGAGUCGCUCGUAAAGCUUCGUUCUGGGACACCAUCUAACCUCGGUUCGACGGGUGCCGACGCGCAGGCGAUGACCUCUGUAGAAGUGGUGAUACCGCGAAUAUCGUGCUUAUUGGAGAAACCUCCUCUAGAUGGCUUACAGCUGUUUGCAGACGACAUGGCGCAAUGGGCGGAUCGUGCGUUGUCUCCAAAGACGGCUAGCACUACUACAAGUCAGGCCACAAGUCGUGCACCAACCUUGCUUGUUGGUAGCCGGUACUUUGUGGAUAGGACUGCGUCGGCUGUAGAAGAGGAGCAGGUCGUCCAGCCACGAAGCGAUCUCACUGCAAAGCUCAGCCUUGGCGAAGUCUUUGUCAAGCUCAUGGUGCCACGCGAAGAGGCUCCGAUUCGACCAGUCGAAUUAAUGGCUGCGGGGAUUGAGACGACUGUGCAGGUGAGGCCUGAUGGAAAGGAUGAAACAGUCAUCAUCGCGACUGUGAUGGACACGACUCUGCAAGAGAUGGAACCGGAUGGACCACGCGUAUAUCUCUCCCUUACAUCUCCACGGCGUCUGUUUGGGCCAUCUAUCCCAAUGAUCGAGCUUCGGCUAGACUCGAUAUCCCUUGUCGAUGCAAAGUCGAAGCAAUCGAGAGUUCACCUGACGGCAUCCAAGUUUACCUAUACCGUCUACCCCGAUUUCUCGUUGGCUCAGGAUCUCGCCCGGUUCGCCAAGGCUCCCCCAGGAGUGUUUGAGCAAGUGAUUCCCAGUGAACGAACGAUCCUCAAUCUGGACUUCCGUGAUGGCUCCAUCCGCGUCAUCCCUCCUAACCAUCCUGGUUGUUUGAUUUUGGGCGUUGAAGACGUGUUUGUGGGCACCGAGCUUGUCAAUGGGUCUGCGGAUACUUCGGUCGCUGUUACUGCUCGGUCAUUGUACACUCUCCUCAUUGACGAUACCGCCGCACCCUUGCCGGAGGGACUACAAACGAAACCUAUCAACAAGGGGCUCGACUACUGGCUAAUAUCUGGAUUCGCCCUCAUCCUAUCCGUGAAUAACCUGCAAUUUCAGUUGGCCAUUAUCAGUGGAGAGGAGCCACGUACUCAGGUCGACGUAUCCAAUGCCAUUGUCGCCCUCCACCUUUGUGCGGACACCAUCUCGGCACUCGUGUCACUAGCCGGAGACCUUGCAACACUGGCUCCGAAGUCGGAAGCACCGCCGCCAACACAAGGUGGGACUUCGAUCCCAAUAUCUGGGAAGCAAGGGAAGAGGAGUAUGGCUGCGUCCAUUUUCCUAGAGGAGAAUGCUUUCAAGCGCGUACCAGAACUUGGUCCAGAAGCAGACUUGAUCGAAGACGAUAUUCCUCGAAACCCAGGGUUUAUUGAUGCAAAGUUUGGCGGAGCUCGUCCAUACGACUUUGAAGAAGAGUUUGGGGAUCUUGAAACGCAUGACCAUCCCGAGGGACGGAUGUCGCCCACUGGGGGGAUGCCUGGGUUUGUCGAGAUCAACUCUGAUAUUGGCCAUACAAUCCGGAUGCUCACGGACGAGCCCAUAAAGGUCAUUGAAGGCUACUUUGAUCGUCUCCCUCCAGAGACUGUCACCAAUUCUGAUCGUGGCAGCUCUCCACUUUCCGUUCGGGUCUCUGAGACCAAGAUUAAUGUCCACCUUCACAGUGGAUACGACUGGCAUCGCACCAGAAAGACCAUCGAGGAAGAAGUGAAAGCUAUCCGUAGACGACUUGAGAAGAUCAAGCAGCUUUUGGCUAAUGGACAAGCGCCAGACGACAGCAUUGAAAAGACAAAUGCGCUACUAUUCAACUCGGUUUACCUCGGCCUGGAAGGAGACAUUGAAGAUAUGGACGGACAGGAUCUUGUCGCGGCCAUCGAUGCCAACCUUGCCGAAGACUUUGAGACAGCGAGUCAAGAGUCGUGGCAAACAUUACCUGCCAAUGCACCGCACCCGCCCGAACAUACGGGUGACACCAAGAAACGCAGACGCCGUGUAUGGGGACGCUCAAAGAAGUCUGAAGUGGAGAUUGAAGUACAAGGACUGAAUGCAGCAAUUGACAAGUUCAAGCCGGAGGACACGGUAGCGAGUAAUAUCCUUGCGACUGUCAGAGACCUCAAGAUUCUGGACCAUAUGAAGACGUCGACAUGGGUCAACUUCCUUACAUCGAUGAGGACAGAUUCGCGGGGGAACAAACGCGAAACGGACUCUGACAUGGUGCGCGUCGAGCUAAAGAUGGUAAAACCGUCGCCGAAUGUACCGGAUGAAGAAGCUCGAUUGAGGGCAAAGAUCCUACCUAUCCGACUCUAUGUGGAUCAAGACGCGCUCGACUUUCUCAAGAAGUUUUUCAGCUUUCAAGAUUCCAAUGGGUUCCGACCUCCAGUGCCUCCUACUCCGCAACCAGAAACAUAUUUCCAACGCGUCGAGGUUUUCCCAGUCGAACUCAAACUGGACUACAAGCCUAAGCGUGUCGACUAUAAAGCACUCAAAGAGGGAAAGACAAUCGAGUUGAUGAACUUUUUCCACUUUGAGGACGCAGAGAUGACACUGCGGCAUAUCACACUCACAGGAAUGGUUGGAUGGGCUCGCCUGGGUGACACUCUCAACGAUCUCUGGACUCCGGAUGUCAAAGCCAAUCAACUCGCAGACGUUAUUUCUGGAGUUGCGCCUAUCAGAUCUCUCGUCAAUGUCGGAACAGGUGUUGCAGAUCUGUUGCUCCUGCCAAUAGCCCAGUACAAGAAAGACAAGCGUCUCGCCAGGGGAAUCCAGAAAGGAACCGCAGCGUUUAUGAAGACUACGGCCAUGGAGACAAUCAAGCUUGGUGCAAAACUCGCGACAGGAACACAGGUUAUUCUCGAGCAUGCCGAGCGAGCUCUCGGCGCAGAAGGUGCUCUUUUCGACGGCACCCCUGGCUCUCAUGGUCGGACGAUCAUGGGAGAAGCGAUGCCUUCCCCUAUCAUCAGACCAGCGAGUGCUAUCGGUGGGAGUGAUGGAGGGAUAUCAGCCAUCGCAGAUGCUCUGGAGGACUCGGAGGAGAUUGAGCGUCAAGCGGUCAUCUCUCGCUAUGCUGCGCAGCCCGAGGAUGUCAAGCAGGGAGUCAAGACGGCUUAUAAGAGCCUAUCGAGGAAUAUCAACGCGGCGGCUCAGACAAUAUUGGCGGUCCCGAUGGAAGUAUACGAGCAGUCUGGUUCAGGCGGACCUGUACGAGCCGUGGUCCGAGCUGUCCCCAUCGCUGUCAUCAAGCCUAUGAUUGGAGCAAGCGAGGCGGUUCGAGAGACGCUUCUCGGACUGAGAAAUACGCUGGAUCCCAACAUUCUUCAGGAGAAUGAGGACAAGUACAAAGGGGCUGCAUAG